GAAGAGACAAAUGGGUCAACAUGCACUCCAGUGGCGUUCCCCUGUCGUAACACAGGAACCUGCAUAUCGAUUGCCAGAUCAACCAGCCUCACCCAGCCAUUGGAAUAUGGCCUAAUCGCUCGAUUCUGCCCAUAACGCCAGUGUUGGUGACUUCACAUUGGUCACAAUCAUCAACUUUGACCAGGUGGAAUUGUGAGUGUGAUAUUUACCCCAGGCGAUGCAUAUCUUUUCUCCUAUCAAAUUGACGUACCAAAACCGUAUGGAGGAUGGGACAGCUCGAAGCCCAGCGGGAAAGCUCACAUAAGAAACCAAGUUUUCCCAUCCAAGUUUGUUCUUGCACAACAAACCAGCCUCUGAAAUCCAUUAUCACCAGCCUCUCCCCAAGGAAAUUUCUUUCCUCACUAUCGUUAUUUAACAUCACCAUCGUUCCUGUGAUAGUUUUCCGCAUCUCUCACUCACCCCAACACUUUCGCUAAUCCCACUCGCCUACCAUUAUCCAAAAUGAUGAAGUCUUUAUUUACUGCAUUGGCUUUGGCCUCUAGUGUCCUUGCCACAUACCCAGUUUUCACCACGGUCGUUGAAACUACUUAUACCACAAUUUGUCCUGUGACGGAAACAAAGACUCAAAAAGGCUCGACGUAUUAUCAUACUUAUACAACUACAUCUACUGUUAUUACUGCCGUUCCUACGAUUAUCGAGGUUACAAAAACAGGCCCUGCAGUGACUGAGAAGACGGGGACAGUGAUUUAUACCACUUCGACGUCGUUGUGUCCAAUAACGUAAGAAUUCUAUCCUAUCCAAAGGGGUUUCAGCCUUCGCUUCGCCUACACCCGCUUCACUUUGGUUUGUGCAAGAUAGCUUGGAAAGUGGGUUUUCAUUCGAAGAGAUAUAGGAAAUUGGAAGAUUGAUAUUCUAGGUCUCCUAAAUCAUACCGGAUAAUGUUUCUCUAUUAUUCCAACUUCUUUCACACACUUCGGAGAAGCCGGGAUGUACACAGAGAAAGGAGCAGGUCUUUUCCUUGAAGAGCAAUGCUAACUUGUUUUUUAGUGAGACCAAAGUUGCUGGCGGCUCUACAGUUACUCAAGUCUGGACUAGCACAAGCAUAAUUGUAACCGAAGUCCCAACCAUUAUCAAGGAAACGUAAGUUUUGAGAUACUUCGGGUUGGAUAACCAACUAACCAACUUAGUGCUACUGCUCCACCAGUGACGAAGACAAUUGAGACUUUUGUGUAUCAAACCUCGACUUCCUUAUGCCCAGUAACAGGUAAGAAAUGGCGCAGGAGAAAGACAGGAAACUCUCACGCUAACCUGUUGGCAGAAGUACAAACGAUCUCUGGAAAGCCAGUGACUAUAAUUUCGACUCUUACCAGUCUCCUCUCGGUCCUGAUUCCAACCACAAUUGUCCAAUAUACCACCCAGCUCAACACGGCCUACGAAACGACGAAAGUCUAUCAGACUGUUAGCGAGUUGGCUACAUACUAUACUACAGUCAGCGCUGGUUCAACAAUCACCAUUCGUAAGUCAAUUCUCUUUCUUCUCCUCGAGCAAGGAAUCUUGAAUGAGUUCUCUAGCAAGAAGCUAACCAUUUCCUAGCCACCACACAGUACGAAACGUACCACGUCACGCAAGCAUACACAGUAACCUCCACCUCGGAACCCCCCACAACCAAAGCAACGAUCAGCAUCCCGAUAACACUCGCCACCUCCGUCCCCGUAACCGAAAUAAUCACCGUGCCAUCCGAAAAAACAGCUACAUCUUCAGGAUCUACAUACUACACCGAAAUUCCCGUAUCAACCCAAUCCACCUUCACGGCACCAGCACCAAUCACCACCCUUCCCCCCGUGAUCAUUUCCUCCAUCCUAUCUCCUCCAGCACCUUUGACCGUCACUCAAAGUGCCAGUACAUUCACCCCACCCCCUGUAUCCUCGACUUUUAUCCCCAUUCCGAGUUUCACGACCGCUACCCCCUCGACGCCGAGUUAUGCGCCGCCGCAGGUGAGCUCCAACGCAGCGGUUACGACGAAUAAUCCGAUUGCGUUUGCCAUUGCCGGGGCGGUUGCGAUCGUUGUGUUCGGUUAAUGGUGGGUUAGUUGCCGAAGUCUGCAUGUUAUGUGAGCCCAUGAUGGCAUGAUGUUUUUUGUCUUAGGCGAGAUGUAUAUGAUGUUAUGACCAACACUCCUUUUUGGCGACUCUUUUGCAUACUUGGGGCGUGGAUACAUGUCAUGUGGCUUUCUUGGAUUGGAAGAGACCCGAGGGCGUUUUCUUUUCCCUCAUACCUUUUUUAAUCAAGUAAUUAUUAAUGUUUGGUGAGAGACGAGAGGUGGGAAAUUAA